GUCCCGUGUCGGCUCGGGCACAGCCGGGUGUCGCGUCGCGCAGCGGCCGCAGCGUCGCUGCUCCGCCGCUAGCUUGUAGCUGUAGCCGCUGUGAGAAGGGACGCGUCGGAACGGUCCUCCGGGACGUUACCGUCUUAAGUUACGGAGAGCCCGAGCUCUUUAAAGCGGAGCUACCUUCGGACACGGGAUCCAUCAUAAGGGCCGCAGUGUGUCUGUUGAGAUGCUGCUAGACAAUAUAGUUACAUGGGAACCCAAGAUAUGGCUUUACAUAACUGGGAUGCAACUAGAGAUCAUCACACCAUUUCAGCUCUACUUCAAUCCGGAUUUGAUUCUAAGGAAUUACCAGGUAUGGAGACUAAUAACCAACUUCCUGUUUUUUGGUCCAGUUGGCUUCAAUUUCCUGUUCAAUAUGAUAUUUCUGUAUAGAUACUGCCGUAUGCUGGAGGAGGGCUCCUUCAGGGGCCGCACGGCGGACUUUGUCUUCAUGUUCCUCUUCGGUGGGCUUCUCAUGACGAUAUUUGGCACGUUUGUAAGUCUGGUGUUUCUGGGCCAAGCCUUCACGAUCAUGCUGGUGUACGUGUGGAGUCGGCGAAAUCCAAACGUGCGCAUGAAUUUCUUUGGCCUGCUGAAUUUCCAGGCGCCCUUCCUUCCCUGGGUUCUGAUGGGAUUCUCACUUCUCCUGGGAAACUCCAUCAUUGUGGACCUUUUAGGUAUCGCUGUUGGUCAUGUGUACUUCUUUCUGGAGGAUGUUUUCCCCAACCAGCCAGGUGGUGGAAGGUGGCUCAAGACCCCGUCUCUUAUAAAGAUGCUGUUCGACACCCCGGAGGAAGACGCCAACUACAACCCUUUACCUGAGGAGCGCCCGGGAGGGUUUGCCUGGGGAGAGGGACAGCGCCUUGGAGGUUAAAUAUGCCCUCAGCUGUGUCUGAUGGUGCGCUCACUUCCAAGGACAUUUCCCCAGAGGGACGAAGGGGGACGAACACUUUUUUUGUUUUUGACUUGUUUAGUUCUGGAUGAAGAAUGCAAACAUAGAGAUAACCUCUGUUGUCUUUGUAUAUGGGUUUAUAUAAUCCCCAGAAACUCUUCUGGAUGCAGGACCCUUGCUCUGAGACUAUUUGAGAGAACACGAGCUUCUGAUGGAACUCUGGAUUGUGAGCCUUUAAGCUCUGGUGAUGUUUUUCUUCAAUUUCACAAAUCAAAGCUAGAAAACAACUGUCAUAUUAAAGAAAAAUAAACGACAACAGUAAAAUAUCUAAAUGAAUUUAUUCAGGUGGCGAUUUUUUUUUUCUUUUUUCAUUUCACUUUUUAAAGAAAUAAAUGUGUGUUGCAAAUUCU